AUGGGUUUUCUGUUUUCGAAAAUCAUCAGGAAUAUUGUGAUUGCCUACGUACUGUUCAGCGGCGUUCAGUACUUGCUACGAUGGAAGUCUUACACAAUUUCGCCUAAGGAAUUCCGUAGUGUCGCUGCCAAGGCUCAAGGCGUCGAGAACGUUGCGUCUGCAGUAAGUCGUUUGACAACAGAUCUGAGACGGGCUUAUGGAUCUGCAGUUGUUGUUGAAUCAUCUUGGGUUGCUCUCACUCUUGGAGGCAUACCAUUGAAGGCACUGUUCCUUCAUGCAUCAAUCACUGAAUUUAUUGCAGUCAUCGGAACUCCCUAUCCAGUUGCUGGAAGAAUUGGUACACAUUGGAGCAACAGUACGUGUACCGUCUUAAUGGGCUCCGUUGUUCGUUUACCUGAUGUCGGCUACAUGCCCAAUAAGGAGACAUUUAGUACAGGAGGCAACUUCCGCCACGGCCAGUUUGAAUCGUACAUAUAUAACCUUGGUUCAGAAACUUACGUGGUGUGUUAUGGACGCGGUAUCAUUCCGGUGUCUGGUCUUUGGGCGGCAACUGGUGCACUAUCACAGGGCGAACCUAUUUCGCUCGCACGUCUAAUUUACGUAUAUGGACACGAGGCUUUCAAUCAGUUGACUUUGGGUCUGAUGAAUACCAUAAAUUAUUACAAAGCAAAAGCUACAGGGAAAACGGAGUUAUAG